AUGCAUGUUAUAAAUGGAACUUCUUGGAUUGGUUUUGAUGAAGAUCUUGUUAUCAAUCCUACUCCUGGAUCUGUAGCUAUCAUAGACUACGUCUCCUCCUCUCCGGAUCAGUCCCAACCUGAUCUUCUGCCCUAUCUUAUGUAUUGGUGUCAAGGUGGAUCAGGGUGCUCUGUUCCUGCAGCAAUAUGGAGCAAGGUUUGGAGUUCUUCUACCUCCUCCAGCUCUGAUGAGGGUGGGAGGGUUCUGGAGCUGAGGUGGCACGAAGAACCAGGAUUUCAGAACAGAGAGAUUCCUUGUUCUUCCUUCAAUACUGGACAUAACACUAGAAAAUACAUUCCUACGGAGAAUACUUGUUACCUGAAAACUCUAGUGAACGGCAGCUGGGCUGAGGCGAGGGCGGAGUGUCAGGAUUGGGGCGGAGAACUUGCCUUUCCUUUACCCGCCACCAAUACCACGCCUCACAGCUGGAUGCAGGAUAAGGAGGAGGUGUGGCUGGCGGGCUCCACCCAUCAAAUUGCAAGACCCGUGCUACCGCUCGACAGUUCUCUUUUUGAGAACGGGGUUCACAAAGCAUGCUUCUCAGAUCUGUGGAGGUGCUUGGACCAGGUUCCGGAGCAGGACGUAGCAUGUAUCUCCGGAGCUUGCAACAAAAAUCUCCGAGGGCUUUGUGCCCUUCCUCCGGCAAGAGACGUGCUUCCAAGUCCUGGAUGUGGAUCCAGGGUGUACUCUGAUAUAUCCUGGGAUAGAACUGAACCUGGACAGGUUUCUAGAAAACCCUGUCCUGGUCUCCAACAAGGAGAAGCGGAGUGGAAAUGUACCCGCGUGGGAGUUUGGGAUGAGAAAGGUCCAGAUCUGAGUCUAUGUGGAAUACUGGUAGGCGGAGAAGGUCUGCUUGAUCAAAACCCGGAGAAAGUUCUUGACAAGGUGCAAGAGAAACGGGAAUCCAUGAGUUCAGGAGAUAUUCCAAUUCUCCUGGAGUUUCUACAUUCUACCUCUGUUAAUAUAACCAGUAAUCCUAACAGGAGAGAACGAAGAUGUGCAGAUUUCAAUCUCCAGUAUCAGCUUCAGGUCACCUUCCACAUACGAGGAUCAGGGUUCAGUUAUUUCCGUGGUUCUAGACAACCCGGAGAACAGGGAGAAGAAAGGACAACCCGAUACCGUGGCACGGAGCUCCUUGGUUUUCAAAUCUUUCCGUAA